GCCCAAAUGGAUAUCUCUAUAAGAAAUAUCAUUUUGUUAUUGCCGUUUUUGGUGGCAGUUUUACAUCCUGCGGUUGCUGUUCCCGAAUGGCAUACGGCAGAUGAUGGACGGGAAUAUUUAAUCGAAAGGGACUCCCUAUUCACUUGGUUACAGGCCCAUAGGGAGUGUGUUCGUCGAGAUACGCAAUUGGUCGUUAUCGAUAGUGCUGAGAAAAACAAAGCCUUUGAUAGUUUAUUAAGGAAACUUUUUUACCGCUCACCAAAUCUAUGGCUGGGUCAUCAUGAUGACUUUAACACUACUGGGCGAUUCAAUCGUCCUUUCUUUUCUAUGGCAACUGGAGACAAAUUAAAUUUUAGCAACUGGCAUUUGGGUGAGCCCAACAACCUUCAAUAUCAGGAACAUUGUGUACAAGUAUUCCACGAAUCUGAUUUCCAGUGGAAUGAUAAGAUAUGUAGCAACAGCUAUGGCUACGUUUGUGAGAAAUCUGAAACUCUAUCGAAUUCCAAAUGUGAUUUGAUAGAAAUUCGCAAAUCAGUCUACAGUUUGAAUAAAGAACUUUCUGCAAGUCAUGAGCAGGAAAGCAAAGAAAUUAAAGAACUGCUAGCAAAUAAUACCAAUGAAGCUGAAAAGGUUUUGACGCAAUGGAAACAAUCUACAAAAGAAAUAUUGGAGAAAUCGAAACAAGCUAUUGAUGAUAUUUUCGUGAUGAAACCAUAUUUGGAGGCUGUCUACAAUGAUGUGGGCAAACCAAUGAAGGAAAUCAUUACCGAAGCAAUGAAAGACAUUUUCCAGAACUCCAGCAUUGUUGAAGAGACUAUUAACAGCAAUAAUGUGGAAAUGGAAACAACAAUCGUACAAAAGAAUGAAGAAUUCCAAGAAAGGUUGGAUGAAAAUUUACAUGCUGUGGAUCGUAUACUUGUGUUAGGUUCGGAGUAACUCCUGCACACAAACGAUCUGCAUGAACUAUCCAAAAGUAAAUAAAAUUAAAUAAAUAC